UUCUUUUAGUGGCGCGGCGGCGGCAGGGCUGUCCCGUGGCCCAGCACAGCAGAGGAGUGACCAGACCAACAUGUCGGGGACCCGUGCCUCCAACGACCAGCCCCCCGGCCCGGGCGGCAUCAAGCGGGGGCGGCUGCAGCAGGAGGCGGCGGCCACGGGCUCCCGAGUGACCGUGGUGCUGGGCGCACAGUGGGGGGACGAGGGCAAAGGCAAGGUGGUGGACCUGCUGGCCACGGACGCCGACAUCAUCAGCCGCUGCCAGGGGGGCAACAACGCCGGUCACACGGUGGUGGUGGAUGGCAGGGAGUAUGACUUCCACCUGUUGCCCAGCGGCAUCAUCAACACCAAGGCCGUGUCCUUCAUCGGCAAUGGGGUGGUCGUCCACUUACCCGGCUUGUUCGAAGAAGCAGAAAAGAAUGAGAAGAAAGGUCUGAAGGACUGGGAGAAGAGGCUCGUCAUCUCCGACCGAGCCCACCUCGUGUUUGAUUUUCACCAGGCGGUCGACGGGCUGCAGGAAGUGCAACGGCAGGCCCAGGAGGGCAAGAAUAUCGGCACCACCAGGAAGGGGAUCGGACCCGCCUACUCUUCCAAAGCUGCCCGCAUGGGCCUCCGCGUCUGCGACCUCCUGUCGGACUUUGAUGAAUUUUCCGCCAGAUUCAAGAACCUGGCCCGCCAGCACCAGUCCAUGUUCCCCAGCCUGGAGGUGGACGUCGAAGGGCAACUCAAGAAGCUCAAGGGCUUUGCUGAGAAGAUCCGACCCAUGGUCCGAGACGGCGUCUACUUUAUGUACGAGGCACUCCAUGGCACCCCAAAAAAAAUCCUCGUGGAAGGUGCCAAUGCAGCCCUCCUUGAUAUUGACUUUGGGACCUACCCCUUUGUGACAUCAUCCAACUGUACUGUGGGCGGCGUGUGCACGGGCCUGGGCAUCCCUCCGCAGAACAUAGGCGAGGUCUACGGCGUGGUGAAGGCCUACACCACACGCGUGGGCAUCGGCGCCUUUCCCACCGAGCAGAUCAAUGAAAUCGGAGACCUGCUACAGAGCCGUGGCCACGAGUGGGGGGUGACCACAGGCAGGAAGAGGCGGUGCGGCUGGCUGGACCUGAUGAUUCUCAGAUAUGCUCACAUGGUCAACGGCUUUACCGCGCUGGCCUUAACGAAGCUGGACAUCCUGGAUGCCCUGGACGAGGUGAAAGUUGGCGUCUCGUACAAGCUUAACGGGAAGCGGAUCCCCUAUUUCCCAGCGAACCAGGAGAUACUGCAGAAGGUUGAGGUCGAAUACGAAACGCUGCCUGGGUGGAAGGCGGACACCACAGGCGCCAGGAAGUGGCAGGACCUCCCCCCGCAGGCACAGAACUACGUCCGGUUUGUGGAGAAUCACGUCGGAGUGGCAGUGAAAUGGGUUGGGGUCGGCAAAUCGAGAGAUUCGAUGAUCCAGCUCUUUUAGACGGAGAGCGCUGAGCCUGCGGAGUGCAGCGGCCCCGUCCCGCAUCGGCAGCUGCAGAGUCACCGCCCGAAACACGGAAGUAGGAAAACUAGUUUCUCAACUUUUAUAUUUCUCUCCAAGCCUUCAGCUCAGCCACCGAUUUCUACAGUGAUCCAAACAUCUGACGGCCAGUGUCGUGUACGUUUGUUGUUUUUUUUUUUAAAUCCUGCUACUGAAAAUGAGCCAAAGUACUCAAAACAGAGAACUUUUAUGGCACAUUAAUUGUCACAUGGUUGUAUGGCCGGCUGGAGCCGUUUAGUAAUAAACAUAUGCAGUAGCCACUGAA